AUGGAUGCGUAUUUCGCAGCAUUCCCUAGUGAUUUUGAGUGCCUUGGUGUGGCUUUUGCUAAAGCCUACUAUACUCGUCUUCAGACUAACCGAAAUUCCGUUGCUGAUCUAUAUCAUGAUAUGGCUUUGAUGACAUAUGAGGGUACUAAAAUCCAAGGAAAGCAGGCCAUUGCAAAACACUUUCAAGUUUGUUGGCUAACACUUCUUAAGGAACUCGAUUUAGGGCCUUACCUGGUCAACAAUCGUCGUCGAUAUCAGCACAUGCGAUUCUCAGCCUGUGGAUAA